AGGCAUCACUGGCCGUGACGUCACGCAUGGGCGUGUUGUCAUGGCUAUGCGCUGCGAAGCUCCCCCAGUUCAGUACACAUUUGCGUCAAAAGCAUCCAUGUCAGCGUUGGUCGGAGGCCGAGACAUGGAAUUAUUGGUUGCCACAGAUUAGACACUCUUGACAAAGAGCCGUCUCCCCUGAUCUGCUCCCGGCAAGCCCCCUGGUAGCCUCCCUGCCUGGGCUAUCAUCAGCACGGGUCAGAGGUGCCUCUGGCAAGGCCUUGAGGCGGAGCACCGGCGGAAGAAACAGCGCUGCCAGGUCUCGGCCUUUGGACAGAGGCAGCAGCAUGGAGGUGGGCAUGCGUGUGGUGCGCGGCCUGGACUGGAAAUGGGGAAACCAAGAUGACAGUGAGGGCCAUGUGGGGACCGUGGUGGAAAUCGGGCGGCAGGGCAGCACCACCACGCCAGACAAGACAGUGGUGGUUCAGUGGGACAGCGGCACAAGAACCAACUACCGCACUGGAUACCAGGGUGCCUAUGACUUGCUGCUGUAUGACAAUGCACAGAUUGGGGUGCGCCACUCCAACAUCAUCUGCGACAGCUGCAAGAAGCACGGCAUCAUGGGAAUGCGAUGGAAGUGCAAAGUGUGCUUUGACUAUGACCUGUGCACACAGUGUUACAUGAACAACAAACAUGACCUGAGCCAUGCGUUUGAGCGCUACGAGACGGCACACUCUCAGCCAGUAAGCUUGGCACCGAGGCAGAACCUUCCGCGCAUCAUCCUCAAAGGAAUCUUCCAGGGGGUUAAGGUGGUUCGUGGACCUGACUGGGACUGGGGAAACCAAGACGGCGGGGAGGGUAAGGUUGGGAAGGUAGUGGAUAUUCGUGGCUGGGAUACAGAAUCCGGUCGCAGCGUGGCUAGUGUGACCUGGACUAAUGGCACCACCAAUGUCUACCGAAUGGGGCAUAAGGGCAAAGUUGACCUCAAGUACGUGUCGGACGGCCAAGGAGGCUUCUACUACAAAGACCACUUACCAAAGCUCGGAGAGCAUGCAGAGCUGCAGCGCCAGGAGAGUGCUGAUGGCCACUCCUUCCAGCAGGGGGAUAAAGUCAAAUGUCUCUUGGAGGUGGACAUUCUGCGACAGAUGCAGGACGGCCACGGGGGAUGGAAUCCCAAAAUGGCAGAGUACAUUUGCCGCGUCGGGACAGUUCAUAGAAUCACUGACCGGGGGGACGUCAGAGUCCAGUACAGCAACAACAUCCGCUGGACUUUUCAUCCCGGGGCCCUCACCAAGGUGAACACGUUUGGAGUUGGCGAACUAGUGCGAGUGUUGGAGGACAUAGAUAGUGUGAAGAGGUUGCAGGCCGGCCACGGAGAAUGGACAGACAGUAUGGCUCCUGUGCUUGGUCAGGUCGGCAAGGUGCUGAAAAUGUACGCAGACGGCGACCUGCGCGUGACGUUCGGAGGCCACACGUGGACGUUCAACCCAGCAUGCCUCUCGGCACAGCCUGGGGACAUGGACGCCAACCUCAUGACGGCCGAGAACCCCAACGAAUCUGGAAGUACAGUCAUCUCUGUGCUCGAGAAACUGCUGUCUCAGUCUGCAGAGCAGGACAAUCCCAGCCGGCUGGUCAUUGAGGCAGCACACGGCAGUGCCAAUAAAGUGCGGGAGUUCCUGCAAAAGUAUCCUGACAAGGUGGACAUCAAGAACCAGGGCAAGACUGCACUGCAGGUGGCUGCACACCAAGGCCACAUGGAGGUGGUGAAGGCCCUGCUUCAGGCCAACGGCUCCAUCGAAGUCAAAGAUGAAGAUGGAGACACGGCGCUGCAUUACACUGCCUUUGGUAAUCAGGCCGAGAUUGCACGGCUGUUGUUGAGCAAAGGAGCAAACGUUAAUCUCUUGAACAACUCCAUGUGCACGUCACUCCACAUCGCUGUCAACAAGGGCUUCAUCGACGUAGUCCGCGUGCUCAUCGAACAUUCAGCCGACGUCAAUCUCCAGGAUUCUUACGGAGACACACCGUUGCACGAUGCCAUUGCUAAAGAUCUCCGCAAUAUCAUCGAGAUCCUGGUCGCGGUGCCCAACAUUGACUUUACUCAUCAGAACCACAGAGGAUUUAACCUCUUGCACCAUGCUGCACUCAAAGGAAACAAACUGGCCACGGAGAAGAUUCUAGGCCGAGCGCGACAGCUUGUGGAUGUUAAGAAGGAGGACGGCUUCUCCGCCUUGCAUCUGGCCUCCCUCAAUAAUCACCAGGAAGUUGCUGAGAUCCUCAUUAAAGAGGGCCGCUGCGACAUCAACAUCCGCAACAACCGCAACCAGACGCCGCUGCAACUGGCGGUGACGCAGGGCCACACCAACCUGGUCCAGCUGCUUGUAGCCGAGGGCGCCGACGUGAACAUGGAGGACGAGGACGGCGACACCGCCAUGCACGUGGCCCUGCAGCGACCGCAGCUGGCCAACGUGAUGCUGAGCCCCCCUGUGGGAAGCAGCAGUAGCAGCACAGAGGAGAGCGACGAGGGAUGUGCCUCCACGUCACUCUACUGCAGGCUCAAUGCGUCUGGUCUUCUGGGGACUACCGAGCUCAGCGUUGGAGCGGCCAUCGCUUGCUUCCUAGCGCAGGAAGGGGCUGACAUCAGCUAUGCCAACCACAAGGGCAAGAGCCCCCUGGACCUGGUAGCAGACAGUGCCAUGCUGCAGCUCAUUAAGAGCUUCUCGGAGAAGUACAGGUUGCAGCAUCUGCAGGCUAUUACAAGCGGCCAGGGCCCGAGCACAGCUAACCUGCGGCGCGUUCACACCACCCCCAACACCAUGACCAAUUUGGUUUUUCCCACUCCUCCGGGGCCCAGUGAAUGCCUCAUCUGUUCAGAGCUGGCUCUGCUGGUGCUCUUCUGCCCUUGCCAGCACAGUGUGGCCUGUGAAGAGUGUGCCCAUCGAAUGAAGAAAUGCAUUAAAUGCCAAGUAACAAUCACCAAGAAAAUUCGACAAGCUAUCCUAACGCUUGGUCCUCCAGACCAGACCGAGGUAGACUGCAGCCCCGGCACGGAGAACUCUGAGCAGCACAACCUGCUGGAGCAGCUCCAGUCUCGCUACCGGCAGAUGGAGGAGCGCAUCACCUGCCCCAUCUGCAUCGACAACCACAUCAAGCUGGUCUUCCAGUGCGGACACGCCUCCUGCAUCGACUGCAGCGCCGCCCUCAAGACCUGCCCCAUCUGCCGGCAGACCAUCCGCGAACGGAUCCAGUUGUUUGUCUGAGGGGGUGGAAUCCAAAGAGCAAGUAAGGGGAGGGGAAACGACCCAGUUAUGAUCCUUAUUCUUUGACUCUCUCCACCACGACCUGUUGCUGCUCUCACGUGGGUGUCUGUUACCCAUCAUCCUCUCGUCUGGCUGGCCGGGCCUCUUCUGUUUACACGGCUGCACAGAACGAGCCCCCCACCCCACCCCCCGUCCUGUGAAUUUACCCAGUUUGGAUAUGGUAAUAAUCAGUAUUAGUCUCCGCAGAGGGCGCUCUAAGUACAAUAUAUAGUCCCCCACCACUCGCCGCUUGUAUACAAGGGGGAUAGUACACACUAUACAGUAUAUGCAUGACUAUAUGCAUAUUGUAAAGCUAUAAUGAGUGAUUUUUGUCAUCGUCGUCGGGUUUUAUUUCUUUGCGUUACAGAGUUUAUUUAUGCGUGAAAGGUGGUGUAACUUUGUGAUGUCCUUCUUCAGUUGCUUGGCGGGGAGACGGAAAAAAAAGAAAACAAAGCUUCUACUGAAAUAUACACACCCAAGCCUAUUGUCCUCUUACUCAGGGUCUUUGCAAAAGCACUUGUUUGUGAUGAUAUCCAUUAAACGGUUCCCCGUCCCACACAGAACGACCCCCCCCCCCCCCCCGAAAGGUGUCAUUAAUGAAUCCAUGAAUGUUUGCUUCUACAACAAAGAAAAGGAUAGAACAGCAACAAAAAAAAAAAGCACCUGUCCACACUGUUUGUGUAUUUACUGCCCAACAGAGAGCAUCCACUGUUCCGCCUAGCAACAAGAUAAAUGUGUUUUUUUAUUUAUCCAACCGAGGUAUUGUAGCGUAAGGAGAUGUUACUUUCCUGCUGGUGUCAUUUCACAAGAAAGGAUUGUAUACUUCAUAUUUCGUGUGUUGUUUUCUUGAAGGGCUUCUGCUUAUGAUUUAAAAACAACAUUUUUUUGGGUUGUCAUGUUUAUUUGGCUUUGUUGAAUCCCGCAUUUUUGGGAAUGUGUACAUUUUGAAUGUCGGGGGUAGGGAUGAUGAUGACGACGUCUCACUCUGCCUUUUUUUUUUCCUUUUUAAAGGUGAAGAAAAGUUUUAAGAGAGAGGAAGAACACUGCGGGGUGUUGACUUGGAACAAAGUACUUUAACAUCAGUGCCAAAUUGCACGAGGUUGGCGGAGCUGCGAUAUCCAUCUAGAUUUGAAAGAAACAAGUCAUAUUUUGUGCUACAAAGUAAGGGAUUGCACACUUUCAGGCAGUACAUUUUAAAAGAAUAUAUUUCCCCUUAAUCGGUUUAAAGAAAAAUCAGUUCAUUUUGCCUUUGACUUCAUUCAAGUUAGCUCAGCCGGUUUGAAUCGUGUUUUUUUUUUUUUAAACCCCCACAUAUUUAUACUUGAAUCAAUCUAAGUGGGAUUAUUCAAAAUCCAGAUUGUCUGUUAAUGGGUUUUUCAGUUGAGGGCAAGAGCAAAGAAGUGGUGAACAUAUUUAUGUUUUUUUUUUCUUCCCCCAAUUGUCCCCGUGGAAGGAGGUAGCUGUGAUGGUGAUGUAUAAACCUACUACUCGAGCAGCAAAUGUUACUCUGUGUUUGUACAGUUCAGCUGUCGGCCUUACUGUCUCUUCCUCCUCUGUUGUAUGUUUGCUCACUUUUAUUCUGUACAAAAAUAUUUUGCAAUAAAUAUGGAACACUUUUCUAAGGACAUGG